AUGAAGUCCAAGGCCUUCUUCAGUGACCCGACAAGCAUUGUCGAUCACAUGUGCAAGUCCCUGGCGCAGCAGAACCCCAGUCUUCGAUAUGAUGCCAGCAACAAAGUUUUAUAUCGCCCAACUAGCCAUACCAGUACAAAAGUCAGCAUCAUCAGUGGCGGUGGUUCGGGUCAUGAGCCCGCCCACGCAGGAUAUGUCGGCGAAGGCAUGCUCGACGCAGCAGUCUGCGGAAAAGUGUUCGCUUCACCAAAUUUUGAUCAAAUCAUUUCUGCUUUUGAUCGGGUUGCCACGCCGCGAGGUAUACUCGUGAUCGUCAAAAACUAUACUGGCGAUAAGCUUAAUUUUGGCCUUGCUACCGAGACGUACCAAGCGCAGACAGGAGUCCCAACCCACAUUGUGACUGUGGCGGAUGAUGUCUCUGUGCCUUAUUCCCGAGGAAAGCUAGUUGGCCGUCGUGGCCUGGCUGGUGCGGUCCUGAUUCACAAAGUCAGUGGUGCAGCUGCAGCUCGUGGCUUGGGUCUGGAGGAGGUUGCCAAGGUUGCCCAGCAUGUCUCAGACAACAUGGCCACAAUUGGAUGUUCAUUGGACUAUGCCAACCUUCCCGGUGGCGUUGACCUGCCUUCCAUCCCAGAAAAUACAAUUGAGUUAGGAAUGGGCAUUCACAAUGAGCCUGGAGCUCAGCGAAUCUCUCCACAGCCCACUAUUGAGAAGCUGGUGAGCCAAAUGGUCAAGCUUCUCUUGAAUGAGGAUGAUCCAGAACACGGAUUCCUGAAGUUCCACGGAAUUCCUCACAGAAAAUCGGAGCUGGCUCUGAUGGUAAAUGACCUUGGUGGUCUGUCUGUGCUCGAACUACAGGCCAUUGCAAAUGUUGUACUGGAAUGCAUGAAAGAAGAGUACGACAUUAAGCCCGUGCGGAUAUACGUCAACACAUACUUAACAGCCUUGGAUGCACCGGGAUUCAGCAUUACCAUAGCCAACCUGACACCUCAACUGUUUUCGUCUGACAUCAACCUACUAUCCUUGCUAGAUGCGCCAGUGAAAUCAAACACUUGGGCCACCUGUCAGCCUUUGCCUGCUAUCAUCCCGGGAACGCAGACACCAGAACAGGAAGAACGGUCUCGCUCCCCCAAGAUAAACCAGGAAAUCCUGUGCGACAAGCGUAUCUUCACGGGGAUUCUCGAAAAUAUCCUCGCCCAAGUGACAACGGACGAGCCAAACCUCACAGAAUACGAUACCUUAAUGGGAGACGGCGACUGCGGCACCACGCUGCUAGCAGGAGCCACAGCCGCGCACGCUUUGAUUGAACAAAACGACGAAAGCUUCACAAACCUUGUAAAGAGCCUAAUGAAAGUAGCCUCAUCGGUCCGUAGCGGGAUGGGCGGAACAUCAGGAGCUCUAUACGGCAUAUUCCUGAACUCAUUCGUCUCCGCGGUACAAAAGAAUUACGGAGAGAUCAAAGCCGUGAAUAUCCAACUCUUCGCCAAGAGCGCAACGCAGGCCCUGGAAACACUCAAGGGAUACACCAACGCUCGGGAGAACAGCCGGACUCUGAUGGACGCGUUGAUUCCCUUUGUGAACGAGUUGUCGACCGCGGCCUUUACAGAUAAUGAGACUGCUGCGAAGGCACUGGAGAGAGGACUCAAGGCUGCUCAGGAUGGAGCGGAGGCAACUAAGUGGAUGCAGUCUUCAUUUGGUCGAUCGACCUAUGUGGGUGCCAGUGCUGGAGAUGAGAAUCCUACCAAAGGUAUUCCGGAUCCAGGUGCAUGUGGUAUUGUGGCGAUUAUUACUGGCAUUCAAAAGGUAUUUCCGGUGUCUAAUUAG